CUGUGCGCAGCCUCGCUCGAAGCCAAAGCAAGCUUUCGCGUCGAGUCUCAGCUCGAGCCGUGCGGCGCUCAGUGAGGCCAGUGCGCCACUGCUGUCAAAUUCACGGCGCUGGGGUGUGCUCCAACGCGAAGCAGUGCUCCGAGACGGCGCCUAGCUCUAAGAACCUUAGUCAAAAACGCGGAUUUUCUGCUGGUCUGCAUUUUAACCACAUCGACGGCCACGAGAUGUCGACGACGCAGCCGACGCUGCGCACGACUCGCGCCAAGCCGGCCGAGGGCGGCCCGCGCCCGCCGCGCAGCGUGGCGGAGUGGACCGUGUUCAACUUGAACAACGACCUUAUCACGAUGAUCAUCAUCGCCUGGGACGCGGGCGUGACGGGCGCCAACAUGGCCAUCGUCGACCGGGCCGACGCCUGCGGGUUCGACAUGCGCGCCGUCGACAGGCACGGCCGAAGCCAGCACCGGAGGAUCACCUUCCGGUCGGCGCCCUGCGCCACCGUGGAGAAGGUGCGGCGCGAGCUCGCGGACCUGCGGGAGCGGGCCGCGCGGCCGCGGCUGGCCGUGAGCCCGUCCCUGUUCGCGUCGCUCUUCGCGUGGUGCGUGCUCGCGUUCGCCUGGGGCCACACGCACGGCGUCCACGUGCUCGAGGAGCGCGUCGCGCGGUUCGUGGGCCUGCACGAGGAGGACGUGCCGUCGUCCAAGGAAUUCUUGGGCUGGUGCACGUUCGCGGUGCUGGCGGCGAACGCCGUCGAGGGCCUCGCGGCCGUCUACCUGGCGCGGACGAAGUUCCUGUUCUCGCGGAGGAACUGCCUGGGCUGGUUCCUGCUGUCGUUGGUCGCGGGCAGCGCGGCACAUCGAGAGGUUUUUUUUUUCGGCGCGGCGGCGCGGGCCCCCGACGCCACGGUCGGUUUCCGCACAGGUCGCGGGCUACCCCGUCGCCCAGGCCAUGCUCGAGCUGAAGCAGGCGCGGUCGCGCGCGUUCAUGGCCGCUUAUCGGCGGAAGCGGGACUAAAAACGGUUCGUUUAGUUGUUUAG